UCAGACAUCGAUUGGUCUCCCAGCUGAUAGAUUGUACCACUGAUGGAGUCUCCACGAAUGUGUAAGGAGCUCAACUAGUUGGAGCAGAAAAGCCCAACCCUGAGCUGAAGCCAAGGGCCAGCAGCACCCGCCGCCGCCGCCGCCGCAGCAGCAGCAGCAGGAGCAGCGGCAGCACCAGAGGCGGCAGCAACAGCAGCAUGCGCUCUGACUGUCACACACCAGCUGCUGCCGCCACAGCUGCCUGGAACACACUCUGAAGACUCUCCCGACCAGAGCCGGGCUUCUUCCUAAUUAAUCUCAGCAAGCGGACAGCCCUGUACUCCUAGCGGCUGCCAGGGAAUGAUGUCUGCUCUUCCCACACCAAGUUGAGGGAGUCCCGCUUUUGCCUACUAGCUGGGAGAAGCAGCACUAUUGAGAAGAGGAAAGAAAGAGAGAGGAGAGAGAAAGAUGAACUGAAGAGUAAACAUGUAUGGAAAUUACUCUCACUUCAUGAAGUUUCCUGCAGGCUUUGGCAGUUCUCUCAGUCACACUAACUCCACAUCUAUGAGCCCAUCACCAGCCCUGGCCACAGGAAAAUCACCGGACAGUCACUCCAACUACAUUGAGGCCCCAGUCAGUGUUCCAAGGACACUUGCCUCCCCACUGAAUGCCAUCGCGUCUCCUCUGAAUGCUCUGGGCUCUUCAUACAGGGUCAUUACAUCAGCCAUAGGACCUCAUUCAUUAUCCCUGGCUACCUCUCCAGGUGUCAACAUGGUUGGUCCACCUAGCUCUCAGCUCAAUGUCAUGAACAAUGUCAGAAGCUCAGAUGAUGUCAAGCCUUUGCCAGGGAUUCAAGGAAUGGGAACCAUGAGCUAUCCAUCCACUAGUCCAGGCUCCCUUGCCAAACAUAUCUGUGCCAUCUGUGGAGACAGAUCCUCAGGAAAGCACUAUGGGGUAUACAGUUGUGAAGGUUGUAAAGGAUUCUUCAAGAGGACCAUAAGGAAAGACCUCAUCUAUACAUGCCGGGAUAACAAGGACUGCCUCAUUGAUAAGCGCCAACGUAACCGCUGCCAAUAUUGCCGCUAUCAGAAGUGCCUUGUCAUGGGUAUGAAGAGGGAAGCUGUGCAAGAAGAGAGGCAGAGAAGUCGGGAGAGGUCUGAGAAUGAAGUGGAGUCCACCAGCAGUGGCCAUGAAGACAUGCCCGUGGAGAGGAUCCUAGAAGCCGAGCUCGCUGUUGAACCAAAGACUGAAUCCUAUGGUAACACAAACAUGGAGAAUUCAACAAAUGAUCCCGUCACCAAUAUAUGCCAUGCUGCUGAUAAGCAGCUCUUUACUCUUGUUGAAUGGGCCAAACGCAUCCCCCACUUCUCUGACCUCACUUUGGAAGACCAAGUUAUUCUUCUUCGAGCAGGCUGGAAUGAAUUGCUGAUUGCCUCCUUCUCCCAUCGCUCCGUGACUGUACAGGAUGGAAUCCUCCUGGCCACUGGUUUACAUGUUCACCGAAGCAGUGCCCAUAGUGCCGGUGUGGGGUCCAUCUUUGACAGAGUUCUCACUGAGCUGGUUUCUAAAAUGAAAGACAUGCAGAUGGAUAAAUCCGAGUUAGGCUGCCUGCGGGCCAUUGUCCUGUUUAACCCAGAUGCUAAGGGUUUGUCCAACCCCUCUGAAGUGGAAGCUCUCCGAGAGAAGGUUUAUGCUACCCUUGAAGCAUACACCAAGCAAAAAUACCCUGAUCAGCCUGGCAGGUUUGCCAAGCUCCUGCUUCGACUCCCGGCCCUCAGGUCCAUCGGCUUGAAAUGUCUUGAGCACCUCUUUUUCUUCAAGCUCAUUGGAGACACACCCAUUGAUACUUUUCUCAUGGAGAUGCUGGAAACCCCUCUCCAGAUUACCUGAAUCCUUCAAUUUUAGCUCAUCAUACCUGGGGAUUUUCCAGGGCCCAGGACCCUGUGAUCCUCCUCUUCUGCACAUUCUCCUCCCAGCUUCCCAACAAUCUUGACUCUCUUCCCCAUAAUGUGACAGCUUGUAAUAAAGAAAGCCUUUUUACACGA